UGUUGCUUAUAAUGCUCCAAAGCUGGGAGUAGUACCUAAACUAAUUCUCCUCCACCGUUCUUAAACCAAGAAAUCAGAGGCAGCGAGGGGGGAGGCGACCUUGCUGACGCGCUAGCUGUCGGCGGCGGUUCUUCUUCUUCUUCUUCUUCUUCUUCUUCUUAUUCUUCAAAGCUGCUCAGCACACCGCUCAAGUCUUAGCUGGUGAGGUCUUCCGGUUUUGCUUGGGCUAGCGAGCGGGCCAGCUCUGGGACUGGGUCUUCUUGAUUUCCCUCCCCUUCUUCGUGUGCUUGGUGGGAUUCUAAGCCAUUUGGAGGAGCGGAGCUGAAAUCCCGACCUGGAGGACCUCUUGAUUUCCUGCCGCCUGGCGUUACUCUCGGAAUCUGUAAUUUACAAGAAUGCGCUGGCAUCCAUCGACGCAUGGCUGAGUCGCUGAUAUCCGUGUGGACUAAGUAUGUUAGUUUGUUGUGGGCGAGCAGGAAGACCAGCAAUCGGCCGGCGCAGUAGAUUGUUUCGUUGCAACUUGCAAGCAGAAAAUGCACCCGUAUUCACUUAAAAGUUCCAAGGGAGCACCGUUGCCGCCACGACCGACUCUCGUCUUCCUCAUUGCAGUAUUUGGUCUCUAUGUCUGCUACCUCUCCUUCAACCAGAUAAGGCUAGAGAACGAAGGCGGGGAGAAUAGCGCAGAAGAGCAUACAGAACAUGUUUGCACGAAGCCGUCUGUUCCCAGUGAGGAGCUGCGCUACGUGCACUUACCAAAACCAAAGGGUUAUAACAGGGGUGAGUGUUCAUGUACUCCUGUUCGGUUCUUUGUGAUUGUAUCGAUGCAAAGAUCAGGAAGUGGAUGGUUUGAGACUUUGCUAAAUAGCCACCCUAACAUCAGCUCAAACGGUGAAAUAUUUAACAGAAUUGAUAGAAGAGAAAAUCUAUCAUCUAUUGUACAAACACUCGAUAAAUUGUAUAAUUUGGACUGGCUCACAAGUGCUGCGAAGAAUGAGUGCACGGCUGCAUUUGGAUUGAAGUGGAUGCUAAAUCAGGGCUUUAUGGACCAUCAUGAUGAUAUAGUUAGUUAUUUCAACCAGAAGGGUGUGUCUUUGAUAUUUCUCUUCAGGAGAAAUACAUUGCGCAGGCUUAUCUCUGUGUUGGCCAACAAUUAUGACAGGGAUGCAAAGCAGCUGAAUGGAACCCACAAAUCUCACGUUCACUCGGAAGAAGAGGCUGAGAUACUAGCAAAAUUCAAACCAGAACUGGAUGUGUCAACUCUGAUUUUGGACAUCAGAGAUAUUGAGAAAUACAUCAGAGAUUGCUUGGAUCGCUUCAACACGACACGGCACAUGAUCCUGUACUACGAGGAUAUAAUCAGCAACAGAAAUGCAUUAUUCCGGGUGCAAGAGUUCCUCGGAGUUCCAGCAAGGAAACUCGUCAGCAAGCAGGUGAAGAUCCACACUAGGCCACUUCCGGACCUUGUCAAGAACUGGGAGGAUGUGAACAGCAAACUCAAUGGGACAGAGUAUGCGCGUUUUCUCGAUGGUGCAGAUUAUGUGAAGUGAUACAUUCUGAAUUCUGAUGCGAGUUCAGAAUAAUUGCAGGGGAGUUGUAGUUGCCAUUUAGGAUUCAUUCUUUUGUACAUGUAAACUAGCAAGAGAAGCAUAGAAAUGAGAGAUCAAGAUGGGAACUAUUUGAGAAAACUGUACAGUUUCUACGGCUUAACAUCCUUUCAGUGGUUCCUUACUUCAAUACAGACGGAGAGAUAGUAGAUUAGUGGCUCAAAAUUGUGACAGAUCCUGAUGGUUUUUCUUUGAUGUUCUUCAGCUGCAUACUUUUUCA